AUGUUCCGAGAGACAAUCCGGGGUCGAGCCUCGGCUCUGACUUCUGGGGGUAUACAUCAGAGAAUGGAACUUGUGAGCGCUUACCUUAUGCCUUACGCCGGGAAGAAUUUUACUCUGACGAUAGUCAAUGGAAGGGGUGGCUUUGUCAUGCGAUUCUGGGUACACUUUGACCUUGUCAACCCCUUACGGGGACUGUGUCUCACCGUCUGCCACAAACCCGGAUAUUGGCACAGGCUGCAGAAGCGGGAGCAGUCUGCUGCUUCAAAGUUCUCCGUCCUCAAUAUGCAACUCUACCUAUCGACGACGGUCGGUCCCUCUACCACGACCCAAGCAGAACCCCCGACGAGGCCAAGCACAGCGAUAGCCACUGGUACAAACCCCCCGCCCAACCCGACACCACCUUCUCAGAAUCUUGCCUGGAUUGCGGGGCCGGUUGUAGGUGGUGUACUUGGUAUUGCCAUAGCAGGCGGCUUAAUAUGGUGGUUUGGACGGAGACGGAAUUCAACCACCGUUCACCAAGUCUCCGAAGGCGACAACAGGCCAGCUCCGGCCGUUUCAGAGCUGGACAGCAAGCCUAGAAAAGCAAUACCCGAAUUAGAAACCAAGCCCUCCCACGCGGCCGGUGGCCAGGCUGGGGCUCACGAGCUCCCCGGUGAACAAAGUCAAAGGAUACCAGAGUUGGAUGGCGGCCAACGGCCAGUAGAACUACCGACUGAUAGAAUCCAUCGGGAUGAGAAGUAA